AUGUCUACCCUCGCCGUGGUGCAUGCAUGGCUGCCCCCGAGUACCCCACUCCGGGGUGUGAACCUCGGUGGCCAGUUUGUCGUCGAACCCUGGAUGAUGAGUGAUGAAUGGAGCAAAAUGGGAUGUUCUGGCCAGAACGAUGAGUGGAGCUGCGUGAAGUCGCUCGGCCAGGAGAAGGCGGAUGCCGCGUUCCAAGGCCACUGGGGCCGCUGGAUCCAGGAGUCUGACUUCGAUAAUAUCAAAAGCUAUGGGCUAAACGCCGUGAGGAUACCGACGGGCUACUGGAUGAACGAGAACCUGGUCAAGGACGGAGAGUACUUCCCAAAGGGAGGGCUAGAGUACCUCUUGAAGAUCUGCGGCUGGGCGGCUGAGAGGAAUAUCUACGUGGUCCUCGACCAACACGGUGCUCCGGGAGCCCAGGCAUCCAACAACGCCUUCACAGGCCACUCGACCUCGCCAGGAUUCUACACGCCCGAGAACUACGAUCGCGGCGUCGAGUACGUCGCCUGGCUGGCGAACCUCACACACACCCGCAGCGAGAUGCGCACCGUUGGCACGAUCGGCGUGCUUAACGAGCCGCUGAACUGGGACAGCAAGGUCUCCUCCCUGCUAUCGGACUUCUACCCGGCGGCGUACAAGGCGAUCCGGGACGCCGAGCCUUCGGGGGCCAGGAGGUUGCACGUCCAGUUCAUGGGCUCGCUCUGGGGCUCCGGUUCGCCGGCGCAGGGCCUUCCCGCGGGCUACGGCGACGUGUCGUUCGAGGACCACCGGUACCUGAAGUGGGACACCAGCGUCGAGGUGUCGCACGAGGCGUACAUCUCCGCCAGCUGCGGGAGCGACCGGCCGGCGGACGGCGAGACCCCGACAUACGUGACCGAGUGGAGCCUGAGCCCGCCGGACGACGUCGAGGGCACGGACGGCUGGAGCAAGGACGGCCAGAAGGCCUUCUACUCGAGCUGGUUCGCGGCGCAGGUCAAGGGGUACGAGAAGAGCACGGGCGGUUGGACGUACUGGGCGUACAAGAGUGACCUCGGGGAUUACAGGUGGAGUUACAAGGAUGGCGUUAGUGCCGGUGUGAUCCCGAAGGACAUCAGCAGCAUCUCGAGCAGCUCGGCGUGUGGUUGA